AUGUUUCUGCUUGCUGGAUGGAUUGAAAAACAUAUGAAAGAAGAGCAUCAUAUCGAUAAAUUUACAGACGAAUCCUUUUUUCGUCUGCAUGAUUUAGCAAACAAAGGAUACUGGACUGAUCGGGAUAUUCUUAAUAUUUACGGUGUUUUUGAAAAUGAUGAUGUUCCUUUCUCCAAGAAAAAUGAAAUUUUGGUAGAUAUUUUAAAAAAAGUUGAUGCUUCACAAAAUCGAAUUGUCACUUUGGACGAAUUUUUGAACUUUCGUAAACAAGGAGGAGAAUUUACUGAUUUUGGUUUCCCAGGACAUCAUGGAGAUGAAGAAGAAGAAUUCGAAAUGCAUCAUGUGGAAAAGUAUCAUCCUGCCGGACUUGACGAACCUGACGAAAACUGGAACCAUCCUGAAGAUAUUGAACAUUUUCAAAAACAUGAUGAGCUAUUUCACGGGGAGAAGCGUCCCGAAGAGAGACGUAAACAUUAUUUAAAGCCAAACAACAUUCCAACCAAGUUCCGCCGAGUGACCAUUCAAAUGUAAAAGAACCAAGCAUUGAUUCGAUUUCCGACAUAGAAGGUACCAGUUCAAUUUCUUUUUUUUUUUUUUUUUUUUUUUUUAUUCUUUUGCAUAUCCUGAUUCUGCAACUUACAAGUCAUUGCACCAUGCGGAUAACAUAAGUUUUGGGUCCUAUUAUUUAUAUUAAGAAUCUAAUAUAUGUAAAUUCAUUAACUUUACAUUACUGUUGUCUUUAGAUUUUUUUUCUAUUGUUCCCUUCAUUCACGUUUUUGCUAAGCUUUCAAUCCUCGCAAGAGCUUCUUUCUUCAACAUCAUUAGCUCUCUUUGAGCGGACUUAUAUGUUUUCACUGCGAGUAAGGCUCGAGGAGUCUUUUGAAAUGCUGCAAAGAUUGCUUCAUCAUCAGAGAAAACAAAAUUGCAAAUACAAACUAAUGCACGAUGUUGGACACCAACGUUUUCAUCCUUCAGCAUACGAAUAACAAAUUCAAAGUUCGAAUAAAUGUCCAUUAUAGCUUUACAACCAGCUUCGCAACUACUAAUUUGCACUAAAGUCCCACAUGCUGCCAACUUUGUCGCUUCAUCGUCAGCAUCACUUAAUGCCAUGAGGAUCUUCAGACGUGUCGCUUCGGAUCCUGAACUGUUUUCGCCAAUGAACUUAAUUAAGCAAUAUGGAGAAAGUGACAGAUUGUUGACAAGUUCAACAGUUGCUCUUUGGAUUAAUUCAUGGUUACUAAUUAAUAAGUUGUCGAUGGCAGCCCAUGAUUUCAAAGUAAUAGCUUGGCGACUAUUUUCGUCCAUGGAUGCUAAAUUUGUUAGUGCCAAUAAAGAUUCAAAUUUUGCUAAUAAAAUAGGAUAUUCGUUGUCCGUUUCUUCACUAACAAGAAGUACUUUUGAUAUAGGAUCAAUUGCUCGAUUAGACGGUAAAGAGCCAGUAAAUACACUUUGAGGCGCUGUACUGAUGAGAAUCUUUGCUAAAGCAUGACCUGCAUUAAAAUUUGACCUUUCUGUAAAAUAAGGCUUAGUUAAAAACUUUAUAGCACCAUAUUGCACAAGUUCGGAUCGAUUUUUUUGGACACUCGCGAUAUGUACUAGAAUUUUUGAAAUAAACUCAUUCAAAGAGGGAUGGGUAUGAGAUAAUGAAUAUAAUUUUUGUAAAACCUGAAGACGGAGUAUUACUUGUAUUCUAUUUUCAGUUGGUCCUUGCUCAUCUUCGG